UCUGAGGAUUCACUGCAGGCGGAGCAGAAUGGAGCCGAGAGCCCGCCUGGCACCAGCAUGCAUCUCACGUACCCUUAAUUAAACAAUCACAAUUUUUUUAGUAGUUAAGUAGAAGUAGUAGCAAUUUAAAAUGAGUCGACAUUUUUCUUGUGCUCUUUGCGUGGCUUUGGUUUUUCUCCCACUCAUGAGCACUUCGUGUCCUGCAAAGUGUAGCUGCUUCUUUCACAAACUGAGCGAUGGAUCCAAAGCAAGAAGUGUACUUUGCAACGAUCCCGAGAUCAGCGUUGUUCCUACAAACUUCCCCACCGACACAUCCAAGCUACGCAUCGAGAAGACAGCCAUCACAAGGAUUUCUAGUGACAACUUCCGCUACCUUGACAGCAUGGAGUUCUUGUGGAUGUCUUUCAACUCCCUGAGUUCGCUCAGCAUGGAGAGUUUCCGGGGUCUUACAAACCUGGAUGAGCUGAGGCUGGACGGGAACUCCCUCACCUCAUUCCCGUGGGAGUCUCUGAGGGACAUGCCCAACCUGAAGCUGCUCGACCUGCACAACAACAAGAUCUCCAGCAUCCCCGCGGAGGCCAUUAUGUACAUUAAGAACAUCACCUACUUGGAUUUGUCUAGUAACAGUCUCACUACUGUCCCUGUGGACGUCCUCUCGCUGUGGCUGAACGUGAAACCGUCUCAGGAAGCAGACUCCUCCAAGUUCAUUCUUGGUCUCCAUGACAACCCGUGGUUGUGCGACUGCCGGCUUUAUGAUCUGAUCCAGUUUCAGAAGUCUCCGAGGUCAUCUGUGGCUCUAAUAGACCCCAGGCUGCGGUGUGCAGACCCUGAGAGUCUAUCUGGAGUUUUCUUCACUGAAGCAGCGCUGCAGAGGUGCCAGGGCCCACGGGUGCACACAGCCGUUGCACGUGUCCGUAGCUCGUUGGGCAACAACGUGCUCCUUCGCUGUGGCACAGUCGGCGUCCCCAUCCCCGAGUUGGCCUGGAGCCGUGCCGACGGCAAGAAAAUCAACGGCACGAUUCAGCAAGAGAUCUCAAAGGAGGGAAUCAUUUGGUCCAUUCUGAGCGUCCCUGCAGUCUCCUACCGGGAUUCGGGAAAGUAUGUGUGUAAAGCAGCUAACUUUGUUGGAACAGCGGACGCAAUCAUCUCCCUGGUGAUCACAGACUCAUUUCGUUCUGAAGAAGCAGGAGGUGGAGGAGGUCCAGUUGCUAAGAAACCCAGAGGAAAGAAAGCUGGCAGUAUUGGGAGGGCCGCAUAUCAAGAGAAACUGAUCGCCAGGUAUGUCCCUCCCCCAACGUCUUCGGCAGGCAAACCCAUCAUUGAACGCCUCAAUGGCAAAGGAGUUACUGGGAAGUACGAUGUUGAGAGCUACAGCGUGUCGGAUGGCUCUCGAGUUCGAGGCAGAGCAUCGGACUCUCAGAAGAUGGAGAAGAGCUCUCUGGGUAACAUGGUGGCCAAUGCCUCGUCCUUACAAGCUCCAGAGAGAAGGAUUGUGCGUUCGGUGAAGGUGAUCGGCGAUACCGACCACACUGUUUCGUUGAAUUGGAGAGCCCCAACAGCCACAAACACCACCGAGUUCAGCGUUCUGUACGCCGUGUUUGGCGAGCGGGACAUGCGGCGGAUCAAUGUAGGUGCUGGCAAAAACCGUAUCACCAUCGACGGCCUGGUGCCAAAAACGAAAUACAUUGCUUGCGUUUGCGUCAAAGGCCUGAUCCCAAAAAAGGAGCAGUGUGUAAUCUUCUCAACGGAUGAGGCAGCCAGCGCAAGCGGCACCCAGAAGCUCAUCAAUGUGGUGGUCAUAACAGUGGCCUGUGUGAUUGCUGUGCCCCUCACUCUGAUUGUGUGUUGUGGCGCCAUAAAGAAGCGCUGCCAAAAACUCUUGGGCAGGCAAUCCAAGGAAAUACAGGAUUCCUAUGUCACCUUUGAGACUCUGGGACCCGGGGCUAAAGCUAAAGGGAUGGAAGGUGAGUAUCUGACCCGGCUAAACCCUGAUGAGUCCAAUCGACUGCUCUCUGCCAGGUCUAGUGUUGACUCGGAGGCCAUUGCUAGGACUGAGGGGCCACCAAACGAGUACUUCUGCUAGAACUCAACCCCCCCCCCCAAAAAAAGAACCCAACGUUUGCCUCAACCUUCUAGAGGAUGCACUUUGAGACUGGAGUAGUGAAGACAGAUCCCUCUUUGAGGAUGGAUGAAAUACAGUAACUUUACAGAAAUACUGUGAAAGCAUAAUUAUAUAUUGGUCAUCAAAAAAGGGAAGUUGUACACAGUGAAAGGGUUAUUUACAUGUGGUAUUCAUGUGUACAAAUUGCACUUUUCAACUAUAACAACCCAUAAAUUAUCCAGCAUAUAACCUCCACACUGUGUAAAACCCUUUACAUGAAGAUAUCGUAUUUAGAAAGACCAAGCGACUGUUAUUCUAUCUUUUAUGUCGUUAUGAUGUGCCAGGUUUACCGUCCACUCAACUUACAACUCACACUUUUUAUAUGUAAAUAUGUUGUCAACUGAGGCAUCUCUAUACUGUAUGUGUGCAUGCAUUGUAAAUAAAUGUUGUUUUUUUUUUACUUGA